CAUUUUGAUUUUCGUGUAAUUGAUAACAUAAAUUGUUAGCAUACACGAUGUAGAAAAGAGAUCUUUUCUACAUCGUGCUAUAUAGUAUCACUGAUAUCGAUAUGUGAUGAUAGCGAUUAGCGAGUAACCCGGUAAAAAACUUUAGGGCGAAUGCUAAGAUCCUAUUAUGGAUUAAUUAUUAUUAUAAUUUAUGUUAAAGUAAUGACCGAAAGAAAACAUGGUCUCAUCAUAAGUCAUUACUCAUAUUUCUACUUUAGUGGAGUAUAUAGACUAUAGUAUUUUGGUAUAAGUAAUGAACUAUGAUAUUUGUUGUACUAUAACUUGAUUUUUAUGUCAUAAUUUUAGUCAUUCGUUGUCAAAGACUGAAUAUAAUUAAGCACAAGCCGCAAAUAACCAAGUUACUCGUAAGCAAUUCUUGUCGGAUAAAUAACAACUAUCUAUAGUAUUAUUGUUUGUAGAAGAAACAAAAUGAACGAAGACAAUUCAGGUACUCAACCAAAGUCGGAUGAUUUUGACUCUACUAGUUUUAUGUUUGGUAACAUCGACAGCAGUGGACGACUUGAGAAUGACGACAUUCUGGAUAGUGACACUAGAAAACAUUUAGCAUCCCUAUCUAAACUAGGUUUUAGCACUGUUGUGUCUGAAAUAAUUAGUUCCUUGGAACUUGGCACAGAAAACAACUAUGAAGACAUAAAUGGUAUUGAAGAGAAGUCCCCAACGGCUCAAGAUUUUUUUGAUAUAGAUGAAUUAUUUGAAGAAGAGAUACCAGAUAUGAAAUUAAAAACAUCUGAGAGUGAUAGUAAUUAUGAAAAAUACAAAAAAAUAUCUGAUGAAGAAAUUAAUCAAUCUACAAAUCAUAAACGGCUAGAAACCCCUUUGGCUGCUAUGUUACCAUCUAAAUAUGAAAAUGUAGAUGUUACUACCAUAUUUCCUGACUUUAGAGUUGGCAAGGUGUUAAGAUUUUCAAGAUUAUUUAAACCUAAUAAAUCUAGUCGUUUACCAAACUUGUGGCGUAAUGUCAAAACUAAACGUAGGAAAAUAAGACUAAGCGAAGAAAGUUCGUCUGAUGUUGAUUCUAAAAGACAACCCUUAAAACUUGAAUUUGGUCCAUUGCCUCAACUCGAAUCCAUUGCUAGUGAUGAUGAGGAAAAAUUUUUACAACCUAUUGAAAAUCUUUCAAAACAAACAGAUCAAAGUAAACAAGAACAAGAUGACAGUUUUAAUAACCAAACAGACUGGAGAAAUGGACCUGCUAAAUUGUGGUAUGAUAUGUUGGGAGUUCCUGAGAAUGGUGAAGGUUUUGACUACGGAUUUAAACUUAAAGACAAAACCAAAGAAGAAGAAAAAAAACCUGAAGAGAAUCCAUACCCUGAUGAUGCGUAUUUAAUGGUUAGCCAAUUGCAUUGGGAGGAUGAUAUAAUUUGGAAUGGAGAAGAUAUCAAACACAAAGUCCUUCAAAAAUUAAAUAGCAAAACUAAUGCUGCGGGGUGGUUACCAAGUAGUACUAAUCGUACUGCCCAAGCUUUUAGUCAACCAGGAAAAGGAAUGCUUCCACUUGCUGGUGGUUCAGUUAGAUUAGCUACAUCUAAUAUAAAUGUAUCUCAGUCACAAAACAAGAUGGCUCUAAAACCAAUUAUGAACUCAAAGCAACAACCAGUGAACGAUACUACUGAUGACACAUGGUAUUCUAUCUUCCCAGUUGAAAAUGAAGAGCUUGUGUAUGGCACUUGGGAAGAUGACAUAAUUUGGGACGCACAAAAUAUGGACAAAAUACCUCGUCCUAAAAUAUUAACUUUAGAUCCUAAUGAUGAAAAUAUUAUCCUUGGUAUACCCGAUGAUGUCGACCCAGCUAAGCAAAGAUUGGAUAAUGCUACACCAGUUAAAGUCAAAAUUCCACACCCACAUGUCAAAAAAUCAAAAUUACUGCUAGGCAAAGCUGGUGUCAUUAACGUAUUGGAAGAAGAUACACCAAUGCCACCACCUAAGUCACCAGAUAGAGAUCCCUUUAAUAUUUCAAACGAUUGUUAUUAUCAGCCACGCUCAUCAGAAACAUCACUACGCCUCAAAGUUGGUGGUGGAAAUAUUAUUCAACAUUCUACUCCUGUGGUUGAGCUGAAAGCACCAUUUAUACAAACUCAUAUGGGACCAAUGCGAUUACGAAACUUCCAUCGUCCUCCAAUGAAACGAUAUUCACAUGGUGAUGUUGCUCAGCCCAAAUUUCAUUCCAUACAUCCUCUUUUAAAAAAUAUUAAAAAGAAAGCCAAGCUCAGGGAACAAGAACGAAUUGCUUCUGGUGGUGGAGAUGUAUUUUUCAUGAGAACACCCGAUGAUUUGACUGGUCGAGAUGGAUCAAUUAUUCUUGUUGAAUAUUGUGAGGAGCACCCACCUCUUCUGAAUCAAGUGGGCAUGUGUUCAAAAAUUAAGAAUUAUUAUAAACGUAAAAUCGGUAAAGAUCCUGGACCACCAAGUUUACGUUUUGGAGAAGUUGCCUAUGCUCAUACAUCUCCAUUUUUGGGAGUGUUAUCACCUGGAAAAACUCUACAAGUUAUUGAAAACAAUUUAUACCGUGUUCCAGUAUAUGAGCAUAAGCCUAUAGAUACAGAUUUUUUGCUUAUCAGAACAAGACAUGCAUAUUACAUUCGAGAAAUAGAUGCUUUAUUCACCUCUGGACAAUUGUGUCCGUUGUAUGAAGUUCCUGGUCCAAAUUCUAAACGUGCUAAUAAUUUCGUCAGAGAUUUUUUACAAGUUUUCAUUUAUCGUUUAUUUUGGAAAAGCCAUGAUUAUCCACGACGUAUAAGAAUGGAUGAUAUAAAAAAAGCAUUUCCGUCUCAUUCAGAAAGCAGUAUUCGUAAGCGUCUUAAGCUAUGUGCAGAUUUCAAAAGAACUGGUUCUGAUUCUAACUGGUGGGUAAUAAAACCAGAUUUCCGUCUGCCGUCUGAGGAAGAAAUUCGUUCCAUGGUGUCUCCUGAGCAGUGUUGUGCCUACUUUAGUAUGAUUGCAGCAGAACAAAGACUAAAGGAUGCUGGGUAUGGUGAGAAAUUUAUACUCACGAGUUUAGAUGACGAUGAUGAAGAAAUGCAGCUUAAAAUGGAUGAUGAAAUUAAAGUGGCUCCAUGGAAUACUACUCGGGCUUAUAUUCAAGCCAUGAAAGGAAAAUGCUUACUGCAACUUACUGGCCCAGCUGAUCCUACUGGUUGUGGGGAAGGAUUUUCAUACGUUAGAGUGCCUAAUAAACCAACAUUAAAUAAAGAAGAACAAGAAUCUCAACCAAAGCGUAUGGUUACGGGCACUGAUGCUGAUUUGAGAAGGUUAUCGUUGAAUAACGCAAAGGCUUUGCUUAGAAAAUUUGCUGUGCCUGAAGAAGAAAUUAAAAAGUUGUCACGAUGGGAAGUUAUUGAUGUGGUUCGUACAUUGUCUACAGAAAAAGCUAAGGCAGGCGAAGAAGGAAUGACAAAGUUUUCUAGAGGAAAUCGAUUUUCCAUUGCUGAACAUCAAGAAAGAUAUAAAGAAGAGUGUCAACGAAUAUUUGAUUUGCAAAAUCGAGUGCUGUCAUCACACGAAGUAUUAUCUACUGACGAAGGCGAAAGUUUGGAUGAGGAAGACUGCUCUGAUAUAGAAGAAAUGGGGAAAAAUAUUGAAAAUAUGUUAUCAAAUAAAAAAACUAGCACACAAUUAUCAUUAGAAAAAGAAGAACAGGAACGACAUGAACUGCGUAAGAUGAUUAUGGGAGAACACAGUGAUGAAAUGAGAAAAAGGGAAAAAAAGAAAUUGGACGAUGAAGAUAGUAUGCAGUUUUCCACUACUGGGCAACCAGGUCGAAUACUUAGAAUUUAUAGAACAUUUCAAGGAGCUGAUGGCAAAGAAUUUACAAGGACAGAAGUAGUACGUAAGCCAGCUGUAAUUGAUGCAUACGUUAAAAUUAGAUCGACAAGAGAUGAAAGUUUCAUUAAACAGUAUGCUUUAAUGGACGAGGCACAGAAAGAAGAAAUGAAACGGGAAAAACGUAGAAUACAAGAACAAUUGAGACGUAUUAAAAGAAAUCAGGAACGGGAAAGAUUUUCUAAUAAUUCUAGACCACAGUCUGGAUUUGGAUUCACAAUGACCAAUAAAAAUGGAUCUCUCAGUGAUUUAACAAUGCCUACAUCUGGCACCGUUACCAUACCGAAACCACGAAUGGAAGCCACUCCGCCUAAACCUCGUAAACCAAAACCUAGUAAAAUGAAACCAGACUUGAAAGUCAGAUGUGGGGCUUGUGGCAAUGUUGGCCAUAUGAGAACAAACAAAGCUUGUCCCCAAUACAAUUUAAAUCCUAACGCCUCUGUUAAUGUAGCCCUUACUGAAGAACAAGAAGAAGAAAUUGAAAAACAGAUGAAUAUAGAAGAUGAAGAUUUGGUCAAUGUAGACGGCACCAAAGUCACAUUAUCUAGUAAACUGUUAAAACAUGCAGAAGAAGUAAAGAGAAGGUCUUUGGUUUUAAAAGUACCAAAAGAUGCGCUGUCGCGAAAGAAGCGCAAAAGCGAACUUCACUGUGACUACCUAAAGAAACCAGAAAGAUCUGCUAACAGACGUCGUACUGAUCCUUUGGUAGUUCUUUCUACAAUUUUUGAAUCAAUUUUGAAUGAAAUGCGUGGUAUGCCUGACGUGACUCCAUUUCUUUAUCCCGUCAACGCUAAAUUGGUACCAGAUUAUUACAAUAUUGUUCAAAGACCCAUGGAUUUACAAACAAUACGAGAUGGACUUCGUUUAAAAAAAUAUCAAAAUCGAGAAGAAUUUCUUUCUGAUGUAAAUCAAAUUGUAGAAAAUUCUACACUGUAUAAUGGAGCUAAAAGUUCAUUGACAGUCGCUGCACGACGUAUGUUGGGUGUGUGUGUAGACCGUUUACACGAAAAAGAAGAUAGACUUAUGCUCCUUGAGAAGGCGAUAAAUCCUUUGUUAGAUGAUAACGACCAAGUUGCCCUAACUUAUAUAUUAGACAAUGCUGUUGGUAAAAUAAAAUUGAUGAGUGAAUCAUGGCCAUUUAUGAAACCCGUUAAUCGAAAAUUGAUUAAAGAUUACUACAAUGUAAUUAAAGAACCAAUUGAUUUAGAAACUAUUGCAUCUCGAGUUUCCAGUCAUAAAUAUCACAACCGAAAAGAAUUUUUAGAUGAUAUUAAUUUAAUUUUGGAAAACAGUAUUGCUUAUAAUGGCGAAAAUUCUGAUUACACUCAGCACGCUCGAACUUUAAUAAAAGCAGCAAACAAUUUUAUAGAAGGGUUUGAUGAAUACCUAACUCAAUUGGAAAAAAAUAUCAGUUUGGUUCAAGCUCGAGCAUUGGAACAAGUCGAAAUUGAUUCUGUUGCUGAUGACGAUUACGCCGAUAUGCAAGAUGUUGAAGAUAGCUUAAACUCGCCUCAAGAGCAUAAGGUCAACAUUGAAGACAUUGAGUUCCAAAUGGAACCAGAAAGUAGUUUUAAACAAAACCACCAUAUUUUAGAAGACGACUUAAAUUGUUCGAGUGAAGAAGACGAUUUCAUGGAAGUUGUUGGAGAUAACCCACCGGAUGACGAUAGCCAACAAGUAGCUGAAGCCAUGGUUUUGCUCGGUAACACAAGUUACAAUUCAGCUACUGAAAAUUUAUCCAACCAAAUCCAAGGUGACGAAAGUAUGGAUGUCGACCCAAAUUACGAUCCUUCAGAUUUUUUGCCUACCGGUAAUAUGGCAUUUGGCGGCAAUAUCGCGGACGAUAGCGUAGCUGGACAAAGUAAUCAAAACAGCAGUGUUUUAGCCAAAAUUCAUGACGAUUUGGCUAUCAGUGAUUCAGACGAGGACAAGAAUGAAAACACAAAUGUUCAUGAUGAUAGUGAUAUGAAAACAGAAGGUGAUUUAGGAGAAUUGUGGUUUUAAAAUAGUAAUGUUAUCAACUGUUUUACGUCUCUUUAUAACACGAGUAAGUUUUCUUUAUAUCCAUUAAGAUAAUAUGUAUGGUAUUUAUUAUUUAUUAUUUGUCAUUGGUUAAUUAUUAUCUAUAAACAAUAUAACUAAAAUUAACAUUAUUCAUUGUAUACAACCUUAAACUUUUAUAAUUUAUUAUUUAUUAAAAAAAAUUCCUAUUGUACUUCUUAAUUGAAAGAAAGUUGUGAGCUUUAUUUUAUAAAUAAAAAAUUAGCUAUGGAAAAAAUAAGAACCUGUUAGAGACAUCAAAUUUGCAUAGUUAUAAAUGGCAAAUUAAAAAUUUUCAUGCGAUUAUUAGUAGAGAAAAUAUUCAAACGAUAAUAGUCAUAGGCUUUUUUUUUUAUAAGAUAUAGAAGAUUGUCUUACUGUCAAACCAACAUGAGUUUAAUUUAAAAAAAAACCUGAAAGUAUAAAAUUUUCACUAAAUCUAGUCAAUUAAAGCAAACAAAUUCUAAUGUUAGAUAUUUAUU